GGCCGGAAGGAGUUGCUGACCGGCCCGGGGCAACCGCCAGGCGUCCAUGGCAGCGGCGGGUGGGGAGCCCGGGCCGCGGGCCGCCUCCCCCCUCUGCUGCUGCCCGUAGGGAGCGGGGGGUGGCCCUGGGGCCGCGCGGGAGGGAUUCCAAGUCAUCUCAUCAGAUCCUGCAAACUUGCUGAAUCAAAGGCCUGAUGGAAGUCCAUAAAAAGUGCUGAACGCAGCUUAUUAAAUUCAUCCAUCUUCUCAAAAAGCAGUCUCAAGGUGCAGUCAGUGUGUCCCCUUAUGGACAUGGCAGGACCCGCUAUACGCAUUGGGGAUCAGCUCAUCCUAGAAGAAGAUUAUGAUGAAACGUACAUACCCAGUGAGCAAGAAAUUCAGGAGUUUGCCAGGGAGAUAGGGAUUGACCCUGAGAACGAGCGGGAGUUGAUGUGGCUGGCCAGAGAAGGCAUUGUGGCUCCUUUACCUCCAGAGUGGAAACCAUGUCAAGAUAUCACUGGCGACAUCUAUUACUUUAACUUUUCUAAUGGCCAGUCCACAUGGGACCACCCUUGUGAUGAACAUUAUAGAGAACUUGUGAUCCAGGAGCGGGAGAAGCUUUCAGCUCAUGGCAGCAUUAAAAAGAAAGACAAGAAGAAGAAAAAAGACAAGAAGGAGAAGAAAGAGAAGAAGGAGAGAGAACCAAUGAAACAUGCUGCGGAAAUGCAGCCAGAGCCAGGGAUUCUUCCUUCAACAUCCUUUUAUCGAAUGUCCUCUCCCAUCCUGUCCUCUGAGUGUGCAAGUCCUGAUCUAGAUCAGCAUAGCCAGAUGAAAAUCGAGGGGUUUCUUAAGAAAGGUAAAGGAAAGCCCUCUGAGAGACCACCAGAGACAAGUGACUCAAACAAACAGUUUGCAGGGCCUUCCCCAAAUAAACUGCAGCCACUUCUCACAGCGAAGUCCUGCAGAACUCACCAGAUCUUAGCUGAUGUGGAGAAAAUUUUAGGAAGGAUGCCAUCUUUUAGCAGAUCGGAUGUAGACCACCAGCAGGGCCAAGACAGGUCCCCAAAAAUUGGAGACAAGCCUUGUCUUGGUUUUUCUGACUCGGAGUCUGAAGGUUUAGAUGUUGUUAGGACAAAGCCCAUUUCCUACGUGGCAAAGAAAUCGUGUUCACAAGACCUUGAGAAUGGGAGAAGUGUCCUUGAUUCCUGCGAGGUCCUGGAGGACAAAGGUAUGCUCUUUGAUGAGGAAAAGCUAUCUGACAACCGGAAGCAAGAGGAAAUGACAGGAGGGAGUGUCUGUCAGCCUGAUGAUGGCUUAUCAGUCAGAGAAAGAUCAACAGGGCCUGGUGGUGAUAAGGAAAGAGUCCCAGGUUUCUCACAAGCUGAUGAAAAUGAAGCUUUCUUGACCCCCAGUGCCCCUGACCAUACUUUUUACAGCAGGAAAUGUGAAAUGAUUCUCUUUGAUGCCAGUCCCCUGGAAGACCUGAGUUUGAUGGAGGAGGGUGAUGUUCCCUGUCCCCAACGAGAGCUGAGGACACACAGCAGAGCAGUUGAGAGCAGAAGGAAGAGAAAACUUCAGGAUCAGGCACUGAGUCAAGCCACCAAACUUUGCAAGAGCAGCGAGGUUGUCGGCAAGCGUAAGAGAGAGAGCUCAAAGCAGGCAGAGUUUGUUGAAUCUGAAGGAGCAGGCCUACAAGCAGCCCCGCAAAAAGACCUGUUAGACAACCACCUGGCAGUUCCUGAAGUGACUGCAGAUACAUUACCCUACACCAGAGGGUUAGAAGUUUAUGCUCACGCAGAAGCUGAUAUUUCUGCGUCAGAGCCUGUUUCUUUUUCUGCUGCACAGCACAAAGACAAGGAGAAGGCAAACGGUUUGGGGCCUGAACCUGACAGCAGUGUUACAAGCAAUUCAGCUGACCAUUUUGCAUCACAAAUUUUGGGAGAGGUUGAUAACUUCUCCUGGGAUCUCCAGAGCUCUCGUGAGUCUGACAGACCAACAGAUCUGCUUGCUGCUGCAGCUAAAGGGUCUCUACCCACUCACCCUUUCACAGGAACUCUCCAAACUCCGCCACGAAGCUCAGCCAAUGGAAAGUCGCAGAGUGACUGUAACUCUGAGGAUGAGAAGUUCUAUCAGCAUGUGCAGGAAAACAAUCAAGUACCUAGUCAGGAACAUAGUUGUGUCAGUUUUAACAUGAAACUGAAUAGGUCACGUGAUGCCCCUGAGAAGAACAAUGAGGGCAGACAAGAAGAAACAGGAGAAGGAGAGCAAAAGACAGAGCCAGUUCCUAGAGGGCUAGAGGCAGAUGUGUUCACAGAGGGUUUACAGGUUUCUCCUGGUUGGCUUUAUCAGACAGCUGAGUGCCAGGAAAGCAGCAGGCUCUGUCAGCAGGUGGAAGGAGAAUUGACCCAGAGCGGAAAAGUGAUUGAGGAUUACUGCAAACUGAAGCUUUGUGAAGGAGCAGGCAGUAAUGAGUCUCCAGGUUCCCUGCUAGCACCUGUCCAAGUUCCUCCGGGGAGUCUUGCUCCUUUACGUGGUGUUGUGGAUGGUCCAGCCAGUGCCUUCCGUGGCUCGCUAAGCACCAAUGUGGAGAUCUCCGGGGUACCCAGUCCGCUGCUCAGAGAAGGAACUCUGCCUCUACAGACCCUUAAAUCCACCGGCUGCACUAAGAGCUUGCUGGGAUCCAUGCAUGAGGAAAAAGCCUCCUUAAAUCUCCUAGCUCUAGAUGAAGAGGAAGAAGAAGAGAGUGAGAAUCAGAGUCUCCGUGGGACAGCGAGACUGCUCAAAAAUCUGCACAUGGAUAUUAGCGCCCUAGGAGGUGGCUUCGAGUAUGAGUUCAGAGGAGUGGCAGCAUCUGUGUGGAGCUCUGCUCAUCAGGGCAGCUGCAGGGCAGAGGAAGACAACUGUGGUACCCGGUUAGCCAGUGUUACAGAACCUGGGCUCCCGCACCUAAGGAAUUCUGAAGAUGAAGCUGGAGGUCUGAAAGAGAAGGAGUCCUUGAAAAUGAGUCACGCUGAAGAAAGUCAAACGUUUCCCUUGGAUUCUGAUGGUGUGCGCCCUCCAGCUCCGGACAAACUGCUUAACAGAGAUGCUAACAGCAGCCUGUGUGGUCUGAACAAAGAGGAAUCCAGUGGGAAACCCCUGGGGAAUGAACUGUUAGAAAAGGAAGAUACUGAUGUAGAAGAUGCAGUUUCUGUGGCUUAUGAACAGUCAGGAACUCCGGGGGAAAGGACAGCGGAGGGGACACAUGUGGUCAGCAGUCAAGGGCAUCCCGUAGCUGCGUCGCCAGAUGUUAGAGCUGCUGAGACAGAUCAGAUGGAAAGUGUGGCUGUCACCAUUGACGCUGUGUCUGUCAGUGAAAAGAUUGUAAAUGGAAUGAGGGAAGAAGCAGCUGAUCUGGAAACCGACAGCAAGCUGGAUGCUGGCAAAGAGUCCGAGGCCAGUGAGCACGUGAAAGAAUUGCAGGUUUCUGACCGUUCCGAUCAUGAGCUGCUUCGUCUAACGGACUUUGGUUUCCAAAGUAGGAUCUCUGAGCAGGUCCUGGAUAUGGAUAUUCUUUCUGCUGCUCUGGACAGCCCCAAGGUUGAGGCCCAGGGGCUGGGAGAAGAGGAAAAGGACCAAAGCGAAGCCAGCUUAGAAGAAGAGCAAAGCAAAAGACCCAAAGCUGCUGAGAGUGAGAGGGACCAGCGCCCCUUCAGUGCUUGCAAAAUGGCCGAAGAGAAGUGUUUAAGUUUCGAGAACGCCAGCCAGGAAGAGACUGCUGCCUUGGAGCAAAAGGAGGGAUCGCUGGAUAGUCCAAAGGAGGAGGAGCCUGCAACCCCUCACCAGGCACAACUUGAGGAGGAAAUCAAGCAAGUGAUGUCCUUGAACUGGCCUUCUGCAGAAUCCCUGAACGAAAUAGCCAGGGAGCAGGAGCAGGAGCUGGAGCAAGAAAAAGAGCGUUUACUGCAAGCCAAGGAGGAGAGGGUUCGGCGAUUCCAGGAGGAGUUGAGGCAAGAGGAGGAGGAAGAAGCUCAAGUGCUUCAUCAGCAGAAAGAGAAGUCCCUCUGGUCUCUUAAAGAGGAGCUGGCGAAAGCUUCUGAGGAGGAAGAGCUGCGGAUGAGAGAGGAAGAGGUUGAGAAGCUCUCAAAGCUGCGAGCCCAGAUCAGCUCAGAGACCAAGACAGAAAAGGAGAAAAUAAGGGCCGAGCAAGAGGCUGCAUUGCGAAAGCUGAGAGAGGAGUGGGAGUCCUUGCAGAAGGUGGAGAGGCAGCGCUUGGAGGAGAGGAAGAAAUGUGUUUUGGAGAUGCUGAAGGUGGAAGUUGAGGAAGCACAGCAGAGAGAAGCGGCAGAGCUGGAACAGGAGAAGGAGCGAGUCCUGAAUGAGUUAAAGGAGAGAUUAGAAAGAGAGAGAAAAGAGGCUGCAGAAGUGCUAGAGAAGCAGUUUGCAGCUGAGCUCCAGGAGCUAAAAUCUACAGCAGAAGAGAAACACCAAAAGGUUGUUUCCAGCCUCCGGAAGCAAAUAGCAGAGGCCCAGAGGAGUGAGGAGGCCCAGCUGCAUGAGGAAUUGGAGAGAGCAGAGCAAAAAGUGCAGCAAAAAAUGUAUCGAGUAGCAGAGUUUGAGCGAGAGCUCAGUGAGCUCAUGAAAGAGAAACGCCAGGAAGUGGAGAGAGAUCAUGACCGGAAAAUGGAGAGAAUGAAAGAGGAGCAUAAGGAAGUCCUGGCGAGGAUUCAGGAGCAGUACGAGGAGGAGGAGAGAAAGCAAAGAGCCAAGAAGCUCGAGGAGCUGAAAGGGGAGCUGGAGCGCCUGAGACAGCUCCAUGAUGGGGAACUGAGGGCUUUGCAGAAGCAGCUGGAUGAGCAGCUUAGUGACUUGCGGCAGAGCCACAAGGUGAAGGAACGAAAACUCCAGGAGUUGGAAAUGGAACUCGAAAUACAAGCAACAGAUGCCAAGGCCAGAUGUGCUCAGCUGAAUCACCAGGAAGAGGCCAUGAGAAAGAAAAGGCAGCAGCUUCUGGACGAAGAGAAACAAACUGAGCUGCAGAGAAAUGAAGCUGCUUUGGCUGCUCAGCUCCGCCUAGAGGAGUCUAGGAAAGAGCAUGCUGACCUCGUGGAAUCCAUCCGCCAGUUGCGCAGGACUCUGGAGGAGCUUCAAGACCAGAAAGCUGAGCUGGAGUCCCAAGUGGAUCUGCUGCAGACCCGAAGCCAGAGGCUGCAGAGACGAAUCAGUCAACUAGAGGCUGCAGUCCAGAGCAAACAGGAGACCCUGAAGGAGCUGGUAGCCGAAGACAGCAUGGCAUCUCCCAGAAGGGAAGCUGAGCUCCACCUUGAGGACCUGAGAGAGACGCUGCAAGCUCACUCCUCCAGAGAGCCUGCUUCCUUAACCUCGCACAGCAAUGAGGAUAGUGACCUUCAACUCGAUAAUGUCAGACACUUCAUUUCUGCAGAAGAAGUCUCCAUAAAGAACGCCAAGGAGUUCCUGGUGCGUCAGACUCGCUCCAUGAGGAAAAGGCACACUGCGCUGAAAGCUGCAAAGCAGCAGUGGCGUCACAACAUGCAGCAGGCACAGGAUGCGGUGCAGGAUCCAGAUAGUUCUCAGCUCCUGGAGGACGUGCGUCGGAACUUGGAGGAGGAGUCAGCGCAGCUGGACAAGAUGAAGUCGGCCAUGCGGAAAGGACAGGUGCUGCUGAAGAAGAAGGAAGAGAAGCUGAGCCAACUGGAGUCUUCGCUGCUGGAGGAGCUUUCUGAUGAAGAUACGCUGAAGGGUGCUGCAUGUAAAAAGGUGGUAACCUUUGACCUUAGUGAUUCCGAAGACACACACAGCCUGAGCAGCACAGAUGUACCUCAGCACAAAUUUGACUUGAAACCAGAUGUCCAGUUCCCCCAGCUCGACAAGAUCCAGCACUUGACCAGCACUCUGCAGCACAUCACCGCUGAGCUGAACGGGGUUCUUAGCACCUUGGGCUCUUUGAACCAUUGGCAGCCUCCGCUCUUCGCUCCUGUGCAGGUGCCAAUGCCUGCUCUGCCCAGUGAUGGGGUUCCUCUUUCCAUGUACACCUCUUUGGCAAGAGCCCAGGCUGCUGGCCCCAUUGUGCCGCCUGCUGGGAUCCCUUUGGUUAACCAGUGGGCAUGGAGUACUGGUUUGAACUCCAGCCCCUCUUCCAUGGCCGGUCAGUCAGUGGACGACAUACUGGCAGAGAAAUGGCGCAAGUAUUUCCCAGGCGGGUUCCCGUCACUCAGUGGAAGUCCCGCCCCUUUGGACAGCAAUCUAGGUUACUUACCUGCAGGUGAGCAAAUCGGCUUGUUCCAGUGUUCCCAGCUCCGAGGCCCUGAGACAGACAGGACUAGUGUCCAGGGAAUGAUUGAUGCCAACAAGAAAUGGGUGGAAAAUUUCAAGAAGGAUUCAAAAGUUCCUCUCUUUCCACGCACACAGAAGCCCUUUGCCAGCAGCCCUGGCCUGGUGCAGCUCGGACUGGAUGAAAACAACCAAAUUAAAGUGUAUCACUGCUAAAAGGUGACGGAGCCCCAGCAGAGAGGGGCCGAGCCUUCCCAGCCCUAUGCCCCAGGAGACAGCCUGGCAAAAGAGCAACACAGCUGCACUCUGUUCCCUCUUACAAUACAUUGCGUUGCAGUGGUACCCAGUGGUCUUUCAUCUGUCUUUUUGCUCUGCCCUUGAAAUAAAGUUUCUUUCCAGGAGGAGGAAGGAAGUGGACUUCCCAAAUGAAUUCUUCUAAUCCUGUAAUGUAUCCAAAUAUACUUUAUAGACUGCUUAAUCCAGUGCUGAAAUAUCAGGGCUUCAAUAAAUCAACAGUUCCCUCAUUAGUAUUCCAGCAAUCACCUGAUGGAAAUGUGUCUCACCGAGGACUUGGAAUAACUUCUUGCGGGGGAGGAGGUGAAUUCCAACAGGAAACUGUUGCUAGAGGAAAAGAAUGCACUGUGGAUUCACAACCAAGAAAGGUUGCAGGUGACCUCAGACCCGGCCUCUGUGGCACAAACUUGAGCUUGAGAGAAUGAAAAGCAAAUGUCUAUAAUUUUUACAUGGAAGAGCACAGUCGAAAGCAAUAUAGUCAGAGCUUCUGGGCACCACAUCCUGACCGAACGGAGUUGGUUUUCUUUUCCUGUUAUAGUCAGGAUUCUUUUUAAUGUCCAGUGUUGAGUUUGUUUCUAGCUGAAAAUGUUUUGUAUUCAGGGGCCAGUGGAGGCUAAGCCUAUGGGAAGGGUUUUAACAAACACACUUUCUUUUUGACAGGGCAGAAGCCAUAGGGCCAGACGGUGCCUGGUGGGGAUGGCUUACAGGGCUGGUGCGAUGGAGGAGACCUCCCCACUCCCCCAAACUGUGCGGUUUGAGUCGGGGUGAUUGGAAAAGCCAGUGGUGGGAGUCUGUCUGGAUUCUCUCCCGUCUGGAUUUGCUGAGAGCCAGGCUGGAGGACAUGGUGGGCGGAGGCUGUCGUGAGGGAGUCUAUGGCUGGUCUCCAGCGAUGCACCCUUUGUUACUGGUG